AUGGCGACAGCAGAACGACAGUCGAUUGUUUCGGUGUCGUCGGAAAAUCCGGAAACUAGUCACGUGGAAACUCACUUGACGAAUGAAGACACCACCGAACCGGUGGGGUCGUUUAGUUCGAAGGAGGAUGCGGCACUAAGUGAAAGUAGCGAGGAACUUGAAUUGGCCGCCAUGCAAACACUUGAUAAUAUUGUUGAGCAGGUAGCAAUAAUUCAGUUUCGGACAAGAAUAAAUUUAAACAUUUUACCUUUUCUGCUGGAAAAUUUUGCAUUUGAUGCUCUUUUCAAAAAAAAAAAUCAUAAAUGA